AUGGCCCCCUCGGGCCCCGCCGGCGCCCAGCCCAGCCCGGCUGAGCCACUGUCGCGCAGCAUCUUCAGGAAGUUCUUGCUGAUGCUCUGCUCGCUACUCACUUCCCUCUACGUCUUCUACUGCCUGGCUGAGCGCUGCCAGCCCGGGUCAGGCCCCGUCGCGGGGGUCCCGGGGCGCGGCGUCCCUGCAGGACCGAGGGAGCUGGCGGCGUGGCCCGCGGGGGCGCAAAGGAAGCGCCUCCUGCAGCUGCGGCAGCGGCGGAGGCGCGGGCGGCCCGGGCCAGGCGACAGCGGCGACCAGGACGAGCAGAGCCCCGGGCUGGCCGCGGCUCCAGGAGGCUCCGGGGCGGGAAGCAGCGUGGUGGAGGCCCAGUCGGGGACCCUGGCCCUUCUCUUGGACGAGGGCAGCAAGCAGCUGCCGCAGGCCAUCAUCAUCGGCGUGAAGAAGGGCGGCACGAGGGCGCUGCUGGAGUUCCUGCGCGUGCACCCCGACGUGCGCGCCGUGGGCGCCGAGCCCCACUUCUUCGACCGCAGCUACCACAAGGGCCUCGCCUGGUACCGGGACCUGAUGCCCAGAACUCUGGAGGGACAGAUCACCAUGGAGAAGACGCCCAGCUACUUCGUGACCCGGGAGGCACCCGCGCGCAUCUCGGCCAUGUCCAAGGACACCAAGCUCAUCGUGGUGGUGCGCGACCCGGUGACCAGGGCCAUCUCGGACUACACGCAGACGCUGUCCAAGCGGCCGGACAUCCCCAGCUUCGAGAGCCUGACUUUCCGCAACCGCAGCGCGGGCCUCAUCGACACGUCCUGGAGCGCCAUCCAGAUCGGCCUGUACGCCAAGCACCUGGAGCCCUGGCUGCGCCACUUCCCGCUGGGCCAGAUGCUCUUCGUGAGCGGGGAGCGGCUGGUCAGCGACCCGGCCGGGGAGCUGCGCCGCGUGCAGGAUUUCCUGGGCCUCAAGCGCAUCAUCACGGACAAGCACUUCUACUUCAACCAGACCAAGGGCUUCCCGUGCCUCAAGAAGGCGGAGGGCAGCGGCAAGCCGCACUGCCUGGGCAAGACCAAGGGUCGCGCGCACCCCGCCAUCGCGCGCGAGGUGCUGCGGCAGCUGCGUGACUUUUACCGGCCCUUCAACCGCAAGUUCUACCAGAUGACCGGCCGCGACUUCGGCUGGGAUGGAUAGCAGAUAUAAUUUAAAAAGAAAAAAAAAUAUCAAAAUAUAAUAUAUUUUUUUACCAGUCGGUAGAGAAAAGACAUUUUAAUAUUUGUGUAUUAAGUAUGUGUUGUAGUAGUUUUUUUUUCUCCUGUCCCCAUGGAUAACCAGCAUCAAACUUGCGCAUGGCAGAAAAGGAGAUUUCAUGUAUCUAAGCCCCUCCCAUCUUCAGUUUGUUUGUGUUCUGAACACUCAUUCGCAAAGGAUAAGCACCGAUCCCCACUAAACCUUUUAAGAAAAUCCCCAGGGCAAACCUCCCUUCUGUUAGGUACAGAAACCUGACAGAAUUGAGAUCUGGCUUUCCAUUUCUCUCUCUUUCUCCUGUGCCACUUUUUCUCAUAAGUCAUUUUUCAGUUAAUGAUACUCUGUGUAUGCACAGGGCAGUUUUCAAUUGUAGCUUUGAUCCUCACACUACUGUGGCAAGCUUGUGGUGCAUUUAUAGAGAUCACCAUUUUCUAUUUUAGAGGUAAGGGAAACAGUCUCAGGGAGGUUGAAUGACUUAUCUUAAAGC